UUAUUUUUUUUUCUUGGUAUUCUGUUUAACUCAUUAAAAAUGCCUUUUAAAAAGUAAGUAGAGCUCCUGUUAAAAUAUUGCGAUUUCACCUAAUAUGUUGGUGAAUUUGAAAUGAGCCUGGAGUACAUAAACGAGUCUUUAAUGUACGGGUGCAAAAAUGGCUCCCUAUAAAUUCACGGGCGUAAACGUACAAAAUUAUACAUUUCAUUUGUAUCUUCAAUUGCGUUUUCUACACGGGAAAACGUGGAGGAAGGUGGCAAGUAUAUAGUACAGCCCGGAGCGCAUGUCUGAUUUCAUAUUAAGAUAGAGAGAGAGAGAGUCGAAAGAGUAAAAUGCAGUUGGGCUAGCGGGUGAAAUGGCGAAGAGCACCACCGGAAAUAGGUGGAUGCUGGUGUGGCUCUCCUCCGGAAUGAUCUCAGUCGUCCAUCGUCCUAGCGACAAGACACACUCAUUUUGAAAUUGUUCCGUCCGUCCAGAAGAUCCGGGCGCAGGAAGAAAGAAAUGGUUACAGCGAUAGCAAUCAUCUUCAAUCUCCUAACCGUGUCUAGCCAAUCAGUGUCGUCAUCGUCUGGAUGGUCUAUGUUUAUCGGGCAAAUGCCGAACGUUACAGUAUCAACCGGCCGGGAGGCAGUUUUUACUUGCAUCAUUGAUAAUGUCUACAAUUUUAAGGUGGCGUUCCUGCGAGUAGAUACGCAAACAAUUUUAGCUAUUGACGACACGGUUAUUACUCGAUCGGCCCGCGUUACGGUCCGCCAUUCCAUCGAUAAGGACGAGCGUCUGAGUACCGGCCAGCGCAAAACGUGGCAAUUGUAUCUGAAGGAAGUGACGCCCGCCGACGCUGGUGGUUACAUGUGCCAAUUAAACAAUUUCGAACCGAUGGUCAGUCAAGUGGCUUACCUUCACGUGACAGUACCGCCGGACAUACUGGUGAACGAGAGCAGCAGUGAUUUGGCAAUUAAAGAAGGCGGCAAUGCAACGCUCAAGUGUAGCGCUAUCGGAUAUCCGGAGCCAAACAUCACCUGGCGUCGCGAAGACUAUCAACCCAUCGAUAUGAAUCAAAGUGUGGGAGUAGUGGAAGGUUCCAUUUUGAAUCUAGUCGGCGUUCACCGCCGACAGAUGGCUGCCUACCUCUGCAUCGCUUCCAAUGGAAUUCCGCCCCCUGUUAGCAAGCGCAUUCUACUCAGAGUCGAAUUUGCUCCGGCUGUAACGUCACAUCAAAGGGAAGUAUUUCAGCGACUGGGCGAACCACUGAAACUCCAUUGUCAGUGCCACAGCUGGCCGCAAGGAUAUACUUCGUGGACUUACGAGUCUAAUCGGCUUCCCUCAGAGAAAGCGGCUGUUGAUUAUCGACCGCAAGCAGGACUGGUCGCUACGGACAUGUAUCUCAAUAUUGCCGAUAUGCAACCGCAGGAUAAAGGUAAUUAUUCCUGUCACUGCUCCAACAUUCACGGAACAGCCAAUUGGACCAUAUCUGUCGAGGUCGUUGCUAUGGAUGCCGUUCAACAGAGAAGAAUGGCGCACUCAUCUUGGAGUGCGGAACAUGAAGAAGACGAACACGAAAACUUGGAAAAUGAAGAUGAAUUUUCCAGUCCACCACCAGAAACAACAACAACGAGGCAAACAACAAUCGUCCAGUUAUCAACAACGGAUACAACGACGAGAAAAACUAUCGACGCUAAUUACCGAGUGACACAAGAAACGAAAAGAAGUGACGACGAUCCGCCUUUCCUGCGCCAACAGAAGAAGGCCAGCAAUAAGGCCGGAUUGCCGACAUCUUUGACGUCAAAGGCUUCAGCAAACAUUAGCAGUCUAUUUCUCUUGUUGUUGUUGAUCACUUCCCUGAUCGAUAAUCAGCAUCCUCUAGCGUGAUGAGCCUCCCUUUUAAAAAGGAAGUAUACAUAUUGAGCUUUUUAUCAAUUUUUUUUUUUUUUUUUUUAUUGUGCGCGUAUGUGUAAAUAGACUAUGACGAUUGAUUAAAAUAAUGCAACCGGGGUUCUUU